ACACCCUCUCCUCCUCUCCAUCUUCUGCUGCAGAAGUAUUUCAGAAACCCUGCUGAAGAUCCAACAGAACUCAGAUACUCAAGGUAUAGGACCCAAUUGCACGACCCAGGAGACAGAGUGUCUCUUUGGACUCCAGCCAUGCUCUCCUUUCCAACCCCACCCCUCCUCCACCUGAGUGUCCUGCUCUUUCUGUCGUCCUCUGUUCUCUCCUGUCAGACUGGGACUAAGAGCCAGUGUCAGGCGGCCCCCUUCGUCCCGGGACAUAACCUGGUGGGGGAGGGCUUCGAUGUGGUGACCCUGAGGCGAAAAGGAGCCUACGUGGUGGACGUGAAGACCUACAUGACCCCCGCUGGCACCUGUAAACUCUGCAGAAACCCCAAUCAAGGCAACAUACUGCAGAAACUGCCGGUCUCUGCAGUGGACUGGCGAGCGUUCAGCCGCUGCAAAACGUUUCUCUUCAGCAGUGUACACAACUCUGUCAGCUCCCUGCUCAGCACUUUCACCUCCCAGGACAGUUCAGACUGGAAGGAUGGACUAACUUUUAGGGACUCCAGUCUGGAGGUGGGGGGAACACAAUCCAGCGCGUACAGCUUUGCUACAGCCCGGAUCCGAGAGGACCGCUCCGCCUUCAGCACCCACCGGGCCUCCUGUCGCCAUUACAGUUACCGCUUGACGAGCAAUCCGCCCCUCAGCACUGAGUUUAGCAAGGAUUUAGCGAAUUUGCCAAGUUCAUACAGCCCCUCCACAAAGACCCAGUACAGACAUCUCAUAAGCAUCUACGGCACGCAUUAUAUCCGCCUGGUCAAUCUUGGGGGACGUGUCAGGCGAGUCACGGCUUCACGAACCUGCUUGUCCAGUUUGAAUGGCAUGUCAUCGAACCAGGUGCACUCUUGCUUAUCAACGGGUCUAAAUGUAGGCCUGGGGAAAGUCAAACUGUCUGCUAGUUCUACGUCAUGCAGCAAAGUGCUGCAGAACCAGGACGUCUCCGCUUCGUUCAGCUCUGGUCUCCACCAACACUAUACAGAGGUGAUAGGAGGCAAGGGUUGGACCGGUGAGUUUUCUCUCACCCAUAACAACUCCCUGGGCUUCCUAAAUUGGCUGAAAACUCUCAAAGAUCACCCUGAUGUUGUUUGGUAUUCCCUGAGACCACUGUACCAGCUGGUGUCGGACACUUCACGAAGGACAGGAUUGAAGGCCGCCAUAGAGGACUACUUGAAAGACAACGGCAUCAAGAAGUCAGUCAGUCCACCAACGUGCCGCAGCGUCCCAAACCUAGAUUCCAACUGCUGUCCCAAACAGACCGGGAGGGGAAACUUGGUGGUGACCAUCGUCCGAGCCUGGAAUCUGAAAGGAGAUUGGUGGGGCAGAACUGAAUCGUACGCUAAAAUGUGGUACGGUUCCUUUUACCGCAGGACUCGUAUAAUAGGGUCAAACAACCCUCGCUGGAACGCUCGCUACUCUCUGGGAAAUGUGGACACACAUUUGGGUCUGAAGAUUCAGGUCUGGGAUGAAGACUGGGGCAGGGACGACCUUCUGGGGUCAUGUGUGAAGACCCUGAACCAAGGCAAUCACAGAUUCACCUGCUACGCCAAGAGAGGCGGCGUUGAGGUGGUCUACAGUCUGACCUGCGACCGCCACCUGACUGGAGACAGGUGUGACCGCUACAAACCCUCUCCACAGUUGCCCAGCAAGACACCCAAGCCAAGGCCCAGGCCCAGGCCCAGGCCAGAAAAGCUGCACACAUAUCCGGAUGGCACGGUUCCUUAAAUCAGAAUCAGAAUCGGUGUUAUUACAGGUUUCCACUAUAGAUAAUUGGCUUGCUUGUCUUAAAUCAAGUUUGUUUUUUAAAUCUGUUGAUUACUUUGUUUAGAUGCAAUGAAACAUAGUCACUUGGGUUACAUACUAUUCAGUUCCCUGGUUUAAAUACUUACAUAUUUGUUGUCUAUAUUAAUUCGAGGUAUGGAUAUGUUUAGGUUAGGGUUUGACUUUUAAAUGAAUGUUCAGUAUUGUAUGUGUUUCUCAAUUUUAAUGUUGUUUUGGUUUAGUGUGAAGAGACUUUUCAAUCAACUUGGAAGAUAAAGUUGUUUUGUUGUAACCUGUUUAAUACCAUUUUGAAUUUUGGUGGUGGGGCCACAUUUAAAUAAAGAUAUAUAUAGUGAUACUUUUUUUGUGCUGUCAUCCUCGUAUCAAUAAAGAUUGUUCAAAAAG